AUCAAAACUACCUUAUCAUGUUCUUGCAGAGCCAGGCACAGAUCCUGAGACAACAAACAAAACUCCUCCUCCUUCCUCUUCUUCUGGCAUAUGAUCAAUGGCUGUACCAUGCUUGUCUUCUCCUCACAUCCUGGUUCAAAAAUCCGGACCUGUUAUGAAACCUGCAGGCAGGAUUUUGAUGCUUCAACGGAAUAGUAGUCAUGUUCCACUCAAGAAAGCACCUACUCUUCCAGUCAGAUCCUCAUUAAAAGCCAAGCUGGUUUUCGAGAAUCGAGCCGAGGGCAUAGUUUGUUAUAGAGAUGAAAGCGGGGAGAUAAUCUGUGAAGGAUUCGAUGAAGGCCCUCGAUUUCACCAACAGCUUCAAUGUUCAUCAUACCAUCCAAGGGAUGCUGAGAUCAUCAAUCUUCUUCAACAAAGAUUGCUUCAGAUUGUCAAUGGCGGUGAGUUUAACAACACUGAAAAUGGUGUUAUUGUUGUGCAAGAGGACUGUAAUCGGAAUGGCUUUAACAAAUUCUACUGAUCAGUAACUAACUCCUGUAAGUUUAACCAACGUUAUCUGAAAUAAGUCCCAGCAUAACGGGGAAAAAACACCUUUCUUCCAAUCACAGAAUGUAAAUGGUGACCAUAAAAUCACUCGUCUGUAUUGAAGCAUUUCAUUUUUCA